AUGGCCACCCGGCGCUUUGGCUACCGGCACCUGGCGGGCGGAGUCGGGGGAGCAGGGAUCCUGGCUCUCUACGCCUGGCGCAGGAGCGCCAGUCGCUUGGCUCAUGCCAAGGCCCUUUCACAGGAGGUGAGUCUCCAGGGCCGUUCCGCUCUGGUCAUCGGCGGUACGUCCGGCGUUGGGCACGGCCUCGCGAAGCGCCUCGCGCUCUCGGGAUGCUCUGUGACCGUGGUUGGCAGAUCCCAAGAAAGAGGGGCCGCCAUCGUCGAGGAGCUCCAAAAGACCGCGAGCCAGCAAGGCGCCACCAGCGACGGCAGCGUCUACACCUUCGGUGCCCUUGAUGCUUUCUCCAUGCCGGCAUGCAGAGCACUGGCUGAUGACCUCCUGAAAUCAGAAACGCCCCUGGACUACCUGGUGCUCACGCAGGGAAUGGCCACUCUGCAGGGCUACACGCCCACAGCUCCAGAGAAGGGUGGUCUGGAUGAGAAGCUCACCUUGCACUACUACUCCAGGGCGUUGCUGAUGGAUGCCCUGGCGCCUCUUCUGCAGAAGUCGAGCGAUGGGCGCUGUUUGUCAGUCCUAAGCGGUGGUAUUCACAGUGCUUACGCAGGCUACGCGGAGGACCCCGACCUCCGGAAGAGCUAUUCCUUGACGAAGGCAGCGAACCUCGCAGGCUUCUACAACGACAUUGCGGUGGAUGCGCUAAGCAACGCAUACCCAGGUGUGAGCUUCGUGCAUGCAGCCCCGGGCUUCGUGGCCACUUCUUGGGGCACCGAAAUGCCGACGUUCGUUAAGGCCUUGGUUCGGCUGUUGCAGAACUUGGGUCGGUCGAAGGAAGAUGCCGCUGAGUACAUGUUCAGGAGCCUCUAUCAUGAUGAUUUCAAAGGAGGUGGCUUCUAUAUCGUGAACCAGUACGGCGAGAGCACUGAAACGCUGACGAGCCUCCACAAAGAAGCCAAAGACACUGUCUGGAGCCACACCAAGGCGAUAUUGGCGAAGUUUUGA